AUGGCGAAACGAACUAAGAACCAGCUAAGAAGAGAGAAACUUAAGCAGAGGAAACUUGAAAAUCGAGCCGGGGCUAACAAAAAGGACCAAGAAGAAGAAGAAGAAGGAAAUAAAUCAGCAGAACAAGAAAAUGGAGUAGAGCAUGAUAAACUGCAACAGAGUUCAACUGAUAUAGUCGAUAUAAAUCCAGACGAUCCACUUCUACGAGAGUUUGAGCCCGUUCUCAGCAAGUUUUAUUCCAUUCCAAAAGCCGAGGAAAAUAAUGCAGUACUGGGCAAAGAAACAAAAGAAGUGUCGGUUUACAAUACUUUGAAUUCUGAUUAUGAUGAUGAUUAUAAUGACGAUGAUAAUAAUGAAGAUGAUGAUGGUGACGAGAUUAGCGACAAAGACAAAGACAACACUGGGUUCUCUAAGCUUUCCAAACGUCAACUACGUCUCAGGAAUAAAGUACCUCUCUACCUACUAAAAUUAUCCACAAACAAACCUGAAAUCGUUGAGCAAUGUGAUACAGAUGCACAAGAACCAUUUAUUUUAGUUUAUCUCAAAUCUCAACCUAACGUUGUCCCCGUACCGUCACAUUGGAGUUCCAAGAGAGAUUAUCUUUCGAAUAAAAGAGGGAUCGAGAGGCAACCGUUUAAACUACCCAAGUUCAUUAGAGAUACUGGGAUUGAACAAAUGAGACAAACUGCACUUCCGGAUGAUCGCACGUUGAAGCAACAACAACGUGAACGGGUGCAAGUGAAAAUGGGAAAACUAGAUAUGGAUUAUGGGAAAUUGUAUGAUGCAUUCUUUAAGAAUCAAACAAAACCGAGGUUGUUUCCAUAUGGAGAGUUGUACGAAGAAGGAAAGGAAAUGAUCGAUGAAAUGACUAGUGAAGUUGCUAAAAUACGACCUGGGGUCAUUUCUCGGGAUUUGAGAAUUGCAUUGGGUAUGAAUGAAAAUGAUGAGAGCAUCCCCCCUGCUUGGAUUGUUAUAAUGAAGGAAAUUGGCAAGCCCCCUUCGUAUCGAGACUUGAUUAUUCCUGGAUUGGAUGGAAAUUAUGAUAAUCUGGGGUAUAAAGACAAGAAUAGGGACGUGUUGAAAUUUGAAUACUGGGGAAAACUUAAAAGUGUAGUUGAUUCGGAAUCGGAGUCUGAAAGUGAGGAAGAAGAGGAUGGAGAAGAAGAAGAAGAAGAAGAAGAAGAAGAAGAAGAAGAAGAAGAGGAGAGAGAGGAGAGAGAGGAUAGAGAGGAGGAAAAGGAUGUUGAGGUGGAUGGUGAUAAAAUGCCAGCAAAAGCAAAAUUGGACUCUACGAAUCAGAAACUGGAGCCUGAAAUUCCCGAUAAACAGUCACUUCAUGACCUCAUAUCUACCAUGUUUGAAGGAGAAAACAAUACAACUAAAAAAGACGAAAUAUAG